GCGUGUCAUCACACACACCCGGAAGUUAUGUUCAUUCAUUCUACCGGUUUCCACAAGUUGUGUCGCGAUCUCAUGGUAGCGCUCUCCUCUGGACGAACAAGAGAUGUUGCUGCUGGCGCUGGGUGCCCUCCUGAUGCUCUUCUCCACUCUGGAUGUAUGGUACUUCCUACGGGGGGCCCAGGUGUUCGUCCAGGCGUGGUUCCAACCCCGAAUAUGGGACAUUCUAGCUGAACAAAGCAUUGAUGGCAUGGUCCUUCCCCAUGAUUUGGACUACAUGGGCCACAUGAACAACUCCCGAUAUCUAAGGGAGUGUGACUUUGCCCGCUUCCACCAUUACAUGCGAAACGGGCUGUUCAUGGCCUCACGCAAACUCGGGGCCAAAAUGGUGGUAGGCGCCUCCACCAUCCGGUACCGGCGCUCCCUGGCCUUCCGUGAGGCUUUUGAGAUUCGGACCAAAGUACUGGGGUGGGAUGAGAAGGCAUUUUACUUGGAGCAGCGCUUUGUGUCCAAGAGGGAUGGCUUUGUUUCUGCAAUCAUGCUCUGCAGGCAGAAUGUGGUGCGCAGCAGCCCAGAAAGCAUUAUCGAGUUUGUCUGCAAAAAGAAGAUCGAGUGUCCCGAGUUUCCUGAGGACCUGAAACACUGGAUUAGCUUCAUCUCAGCCAGCAGCCAGGCCCUGAGGGCAGAGAGUGGACUGGAAGAGAAGAACAAGUGAAGCCACACCAUGCAUCAUGAGUGUAGACCCACAUAUCAUUUCCGUUGCACGCACUCAUACAGUAUAUAUACAGUACAUGCACACAAACAUUUAAACAUCAUCAUCAUUCACUUACAAGAUUCCACUUAUCUCUGUUUUUGGGUUAAUCCUACCUGUUGUGUAUUUUUCUAUGAUGUGAACAUAUAUACUGAACCUGGGACAGCUGAAUAUGAAAACUUGAACCAUAAGGUAUACCACGUUUUAAAGCGCACUGUACUGUAUGCAUAGGGAUCAUAUUUUACGUUCUCCUCCUCUCUCUGAAGAAAAUGAGAACGUAGCUUUUUUCCUUUCGGCUUAUUCAGCAGUUGAUUGUGAAUAGACUGGCUUUAGAAAUCUUCAUUGUCAUUUAGCAAAAUUCUCAAACUUCAGAUAAGCAUGUAGAGACAAACAGUUAAAUCUUCCAUUGACAUCAAUGCAUGUUUUGAAACAAACAGAACGGUUCUUUGUGCCUGUUUCUCUUGAGUAGCUGUAAUUUACAUUUAAUGAUUUCAGAGAACUAUAACUUUUUAAGUAAAAAUGUAGAUGAAGAAAUACUUGAAUGGAAUUGAUUUUCCCAUCAGCAUUUUGCACAAAAUGUAACAAGUAAGUAGACAGACCUUCCGGGUAACAAUCUGAAAGGGAUUAUUUGAUUUUGAAGGGUCCUUUUAUCAGAACAGUAUUGUUCUUUUACCGAUUUUAAAAUACAUGCAUUUAAAGGGUGGGCUUCUAGAUUGGAACUGCAUGAAUGCUGACGUUAGGGUGAGUUUUGGUUUAUUGAGACCAGCAUUUGAAAUGAGGAACCUUCCCUCUGAAUGCAUCAAAGCUUUAGUUUGUGACCAAAGUAAUGUAUUGUUCUGUGUGAAGAGGAAACAAAACCGAUUUCGAAAGAUGUAUGUCUAACCUGUUAUUUAUGUUAAUGCACUGAUGACAAAUUUUUUCCUAUUGAUUUAAGUUUGAAGAUAUGCAUUGAUCUUUUAUUUUCCACUGAUAUUGUUUAUGAUUUAUUGAUCAAUGUACAAAAUGUUAUUUAUUGUGUUUAUUUAUUUAAAGGCAUUUUAAAGUAAAAAUGCUCUGGAAACUA